CAAAUUUAGUAAUGUUGCGUAACGCGCGUUCACUCUUGAAGUCUUUUUCGAGUUUAAGCAGAAAAUUCUCUACCUCGCACACGAGCAAUAGUCGGGUUUGUGUCAUCGGCGCUUGUGGUAAUGUGGGCCAGGCCCUCUCUCUAUUGCUUAAGCGCGAUGAUCGUGUCACAGUACUCUCACUCUAUGACGUGAAAAAGGCGAUUGGUAUGGCUUUGGAUAUGUCGCACAUCGAUACCAAUUCGGAAGUGUUCGGCUACGAAAAAAUUGAGAUGCUACCCAAAGCUUUGUACUGUGCCGACGUCGUCGUUAUCGUGGCGGGUCAACCGCGCAAGCAAGGCAUGUCAGAAGAUGAGCUACUCAAACAGAACGGCCCUCUUAUUGUGGAGAUUAUGCCGCACAUUGCCGAAAUCUGUCCGAAAGCAUUGAUUGCCAUAGUUACCAGUCCGACCAAUGCGAUUGUGCCAUUAGCAGCGGAGGUGCUUAAAAAGAAAGACGCAUUCGAUCCCAAUCGCUUGUUCGGUGUCACCACACAUAACGUCGUACGUGCGCGCACUUUUAUCUCUGAUGAAUUACAAGUGGAUGCAUCUAUGGUGAAAGUGCCCGUUAUCGGUGGCAAUUCGCCGUGCACGAUCCUGCCGGUGCUCACGCAUACCAAACCGAAAUUCAAAAUUGAAGAUGAGGACGACGCAAUACCGUUAAUUAGGAAAUUACGUGCUGCGGAGGACAAUGUGGCCAAGGUGAAGGGUGAUCAGGGCGCCACACUAGUUAUAGCGCAUUCAGUCGCUAAAUUUACUCACGCACUGUUAAUGGGCCUAGCCGGUAUGGGCGAUCCAGUAGAAUGCGCCUACGUGGAAUCAUCUGUAACCGAUUGCUCAUUUUUCGCCACACCUUUGAAACUGGGUAAACAGGGUAUUGAGAAGAAUUUGGGUAUACCAAGCUUAGCGAAGUUCGAAGCGGAAUUACUGCAUGAUUUGAUACCCGAGCUGAAGGAGAGCAUUAAGAAAGGGAUUGAUUUCGCGAAGAAGAAAUGAAA